CUGACAUUGCUUCAUGUCUUAACAGUCAUUGGAAAUGUGACAUUAUUUUCUGUUUUAAUGAACAUUGCACGUCCCCCGCCUAUAUCUUAUUGCACUGUUUGAGGAAGCAGGAAGAACAUGAGCUUAGUAACCACAAUCAACUGUCAGUGUGAAAGCGAGAGGAUUCACUUCACACUGACAACUGUAGCGCGGCACACCGUGACUCUGGCAGCUCUCUGCUGCUGCUUAUGGAGCUCUACAUGGAGGCUGUGGAAUAUCUGAAGGGCUGUGGCAUCUCGCCUGUGACUGAGGAUGAGAUUGUGGAUUCUGAAUUACUACAGGAUGUGUUCACUGACGAGGCAGAAUGGGUUUCUCAAAGCCCUUUGCAAACUGAGCCGUUCUUGCCAACUACUCCAACAACCGAGAGUCCAGAUGACCUGCUUCAGAAGAGAACAGUGGUUCUGAAAGGGGUUCUGAUCAGUGAGGAGAUCUACUUGACAGAGCUUGAGACACUGCUUACGCCCAUGAAAGCUUUGAAGGCAGCAGCGGGAACCUCUCAACCUGUGUUGUCCACUAAGCAGGUCCAGACUGUGUUUUAUCAAAUCCCUGAGCUCAGAGAUCUACACAAGGACUUUUUCACAAGCCUUAGGGCCAGAUUACAACCUGAUGAAGUGAUAGAUCCAGGGGCACAACAAGGCCUGGUGACGGUGGAGGCCCCAGUGAUGCAACUUUUAUCUGUGGGAGACCUGUUUCUUAAGUUUGUCAACCAGUUAGGAGUUUAUCGGGGCUUCAUUGAUAACUAUGAGAAUGCAGUGGAGAUCGUGCAGAAGUGCAUGCAGUCAGAUCAGCGGUUCAGGACGCUUGCAGAGAGUAUGAUGUCCUCCAAAGGGUCAGACAAUGUCAAGACCAAGUACACCUUUGAAGCUCUCCUGUAUAAACCGUUAGACAGAGUGAUGAAAACCACGCUCGUGUUGCACGAUCUGUGGAAGCACACGCCCCCUGAUCACCCCGACAGCAUCACGCUGCAGGAAGCGCUCCGUCUCUCCAGCAGCUUCCUGUCUGGGGUCAAUGAACGGUCGCAGUGCAAACGUUCUGUCAAGCUGAGCAGAGGAGAGAGACGUCAGCUGAUUCGGGAUGGGUUUGUGGUAGAUGUGUGUGAGAACGGGCACUACCUGAGACACCUCUUCCUGUACACAGACAUGAUGCUAUGUGCCAGACUGACAACUGCAGGGAGGCAGGCACAGUACAGGUUUUGCUGGUACUUGCCGCUGGUUGGCCUGAAGCUGCUCUGGGCAGCUGAACAUCUGCCCUCAUCAGAAUACCAAGUGAAAAUUAGUAAAACAAGAGCCAAAAUGUACCAGCUCAAUCAAGCACUCCAGCAACACAUGAAAGGAGGCAAGGUGUCAGUUUCUCGUGCUGUUGAUCGCUUGAGGCGCAAACUUGAAGAGUGUGAGAUCUGGCUCUUAACAAACACGCCAUCUGUAACUUUAGACCUACACAGCACCAGUGGAAAGAGUCACACUAUGCGUCUAUUUUCUUUGUAUGACCUGAAUGAGUGGAAAGAAGCCAUUGAGAAACAGAGUGGAAACUGUAUAGAGAUGGUUCCUCCAGACCUGCUGUCUGUUACCAGUUCCUGUAUCAAACUCAGAAUGACUCAACAACCUCCCCUUCACUGCGUUCAGUCCAAUGAAAGUGCACAUAUCUGUGGGAGCUUAUAUGUUAUGGUUCAUUCGGCGUGUGGUCUGCAAAACCUGAGCAGUGCAUAUAUGUGUGUGGAGGUGGACGGCUUUGAGUUUUACGACAGGCGAAAACAAACCUGCCUUUCAGCCUUCUGUGUUACACCGCAAUGGGAGGAGGAGCUUGUGUUUCAAGUGGAUGGAGCUCAGCAGCUGUUCCUGGUGUUAGUGUCUCAGUAUGAGAAUGGCACACAGGAUGAGAUUGUGGGCAGGGCGGUAUUAAAUCUGGACCCUGACAACAUGCUUAAGAAAUGGAAGAAAAUCACUUGUUCUUUGGGCCAGGUUGAUGUAACCUUGUCAAUCAAGUACAUGCCCCACCCUCUUGAGCCUCCAAGCACCGCCCCUCUAGUACAGGAACCAGUGUUCUGUGUACCGAUUGGACAAGUGGCAAUGCAAGAGAGUGUGCUGGUCCCUCACAUUGUCCGUUCCUGCGUGGAGGAGGUUGAGAGGAGGGGUCUGAAUGAAGAGGGGAUCUACAGGGUCUCAGGAGUCAGCAGCGAGAUACAAGCACUAAAACAUGCAUUCAACACUAAUUACCGUGAGGCUGUGAGUAAACUGAGGACUGUAGAUGUGAAUGCUGUGUCUGGCACUCUGAAACUGUACUUUAGGGAACUUCCUUUACCUCUUAUUCCCUCUGAGUAUUUCAAAGAGCUUGCAGAUGCACUAGACAUUGCUGAUCCAUAUCUCAGGGCUGACAGCAUGCUGACUCUGUUGCAGACUCUACCAGAUGUAAACCGCAACACUCUCCUCUUCCUCUUACAUCACCUGAGACGUGUUGCAGAGAGAAAGGAAGAGAAUAAAAUGUCUCUGAGUAAUUUGGCCACAGUGUUUGGCCCCAGCCUCUUGCGCCCCCCAGUGGCCCGUGUCGACAUAUCUCAAGAAGUGGAGGUUCAGGUUCAGGUGAUUUUUCUCUAUCUGCAGUGUCAGAACCUUCCAGAAGCUCUUCUCGCAAAACAUCUGGACUUUAAUGAGAUAGAGACAUGAGUCUUCAACAACCAGACUCCUUUUCUGUCUGCGUAUCCAUGGUCGUCUGUAAAUUUGUACAAAUUAUGUUUAACUCACUUUAUAUUACAUAUGUUUAAUAUGUUAUUUUCAAGCGUUUAAUGUCAUUAAAAGUGACAUGACCAUGGGUUGACUAUA